AGCGUCGCGAUGCUCUCCCGGACGCCCCAGAGCAUCGCGAUGCUCUCCCCGGACGCCCCAGAGCGUCGCGAUGCUCUCCCCGGACGCCCCAGAGCGUCGCUAUGCUCUCCCCGGACGCCCCAGAGCGUCGCGAUGCUCUCCCCGGACGCCCCAGAGCAUCGCGAUGCUCUCCCCGGACGCCCCAGGGCGUCGUGAUGCUCUCCCCGGACGACCCACAGCAACGCGAUGCUCUCCCCGGACGCCCCAGAGCAUCGCAAUGCUCUCCCCGGACGGCCCAGAGCAUCGCGAUGCUCUCCCCGGACGUCCCAGAGCGUCGCGAUGCUCUUCCAGGACGCCCCAGAGCGUUGCGAUGCUCUCACCCGACGCCCCAAAGCGUCGCGAUGCUCUACCCGGACGCCCCAGAGCGUCGCGAUGCUCUACCCGGACGCCCCAGCGCGUCGCGAUGCUCUCCCCGGACGCCCCAGAGCGUCGCGAUGCUCUCCCCGGACGCCCCAGAGCGUCGCGAUGCUCUCCCCGGACGCCCCAGAGCGUCGCGAUGCUCUCCCCGGACGCCCCAAAGCGUCGCGAUGCUCUCCCUGGACGCCCCAGAGGCGUCGCGAUGCUCUCCCUGGACGCCCCAGAGCGUCGCGAUGCUCUCCCCGGACGCUCCAGAGCGUCGCGAUGCUCUACCCCCGACGCCCCAGAGCGUCGCGAUGCUCUCUCGGAUGCCCCAGAGCGUCGCGAUGCUCUCCCGGACACCCCAGAGCGUCGUGAUGCUCUCCCUGGACGCCCCAGGGCGUCGCGAUGCUCUUCCCGGACGCCCCGGAGCAUCGCGAUGCUCUCCCCGGACGCCCCAGAGCAUCGCGAUGCUCUCCCCAGCCGCCCCAGAGCGUCGUGAUGCUCUCCCUGGACGCCCCAGAGCGUCGCGAUGCUCUCCCCGGACGCCGCAAAGCGUCGCGAUGCUCUCCCCGGACGCCCCAGAGCAUUGCGAUGCUCUCCCCAGACGCCCCAGAGCGUCGCGAUGCUCUCACCGGACGCCCCAGAGCGUCGCUAUGCUCUCCCCGGACGCCCCAGAGCGUCGCGAUGCUCUCCCCGGACGCCCCAGAGCGUCGCGAUGCUCUCCCCGGACGCCCCAGAGCGUCGCGAUGCUCUCCCCGGACGCCCCUGAGCGUCGCGAUGCUCUCCCCGGACGCCCCAGAGCGUCGCGAUGCUCUCCCUGGACGCCCCCAGAGCGUCGCGAUGCUCUCCCCGGACGCCCCAGAGCGUCGCGAUGCUCUCCCCGGACGCCCCAGAGCGUCGCGAUGCUCUCCCCGGACGCCCCAGAGCGUCGCGAUGCUCUCCCCGGACGCCCCAGAGCGUCGCGAUGCUCUCCCCGGACGCCCCAGAGCGUCGCGAUGCUCUCCCCGGACGCCCCAGAGCGUCGCGAUGCUCUCCCCGGACGCCCCAGAGCGUCGCGAUGCUCUCCCCGGACGCCCCAGAGCGUCGCGAUGCUCUCCCCAGACGCCCCAGAGCGUCGCGAUGCUCUCCCCGGUCUCACCAGAGUGUCGAUGCUCUCCCCCGACGCCCCAGAGCGUUGCGAUGCUCUCCCCGGACGACAAAGAGCGUCGCGAUGCUCUCCCCGGACGCCCCUGAGCGUCGCGAUGCUCUCCCCGGACUCCCCAGAGCGUCUCGAUGCUCUACCAGGACGCCCCAGAGCGUCGCGAUGCUCUCCCCAGCCGCCCCAGAGCGUCGUGAUGCUCUCCCCGGACGCCCCAGAGCGUCGCGAUGCUCUCCCCGGACGCCCCAGAGCGUCGCGAUGCUCUCCCCGGACGCCCCAGAGCGUCGCCAUGCUCUCCCCGGACGCCCCAGAGCGUCGCGAUGCUCUCCCCGGACGCCCCAGAGCAUCGCAAUGCUCUCCCCAGACGUCCCAGAGCAUCGCGAUGCUCUCCCCGGACGCCCCAGAGCGUCGCGAUGCUCUCCCCGGACGCCCCAGAGCGUCGCGAUGCUCUCCCCGGACGCCCCAGAGCGUCGCGAUGCUCUACCCGGACGCCCCAGAGCGUCGCGAUGCUCUCCCCGGACGCCCCAGAGCAUCGCGAUGCUCUCCCCGGAGGCACCAAAGCGUCGCGAUGCUCUCCCCGGACGCCCCAGAGCGUCGCGAUGCUCUCCCCGGACGCCCCAGAGCGUCGCGAUGCUCUCCCCGGACGCCCCAGAGCGUCGCGAUGCUCUCCCCGGACGCCCCAGAGCGUCGCGAUGCUCUCCCCGGACGCCCCAGAGCAUCGCGAUGCUCUCCCCGGACGCCCCAGAGCGUCGCGAUGCUCUCCCUGGACGCCCCAGAGCGUCGCUAUGCUCUCCCCGGACACCCCAGAGCGUCGCGAUGCUCUUCCAGGACGCCCCAGAGCGUUACGAUGCUCUCCCCGGACGCCCCAGAGCGUCGCGAUGCUCUCCCCGGACGCCCCGGAGCGUCGCUAUGCUCUUCCCGGACGCCCCUGAGCGUCGCGAUGCUCUCCCCGGACGCCCCAGAGCGUCGCGAUGCUCUACCAGGACGCCCCAGAGCGUCGUGA